UCUGAUUGGCUAACAAAACAGCAAUUCAGUCGCUGAUUGGCUGUAGCGUCACCGGCGUUGCUGUCAACACCAGAAAAACAUGGCGGCUCCCGUGAGCGGCAUGGCUGGAUCCACCAGCACAGGCAACGCAACUAGUUUUCAGAAAAAACCCCGAAGAAAACUAGUUUCUAUCCCUGGUACAAGACCGUCUGUACAGAACGGACAGCUCUUAGUAUCGUCUGGCGUCAGCUCGCUUGACUACGUGAUUGGUGGCGGCCUGGCAGUUGGAACUCUGCUGCUUGUAGAGGAGGACCGCUAUGACAGCUACUCCCACAUGCUGCUCAGGUACUUCCUGGCGGAGGGAGUUGUGUGCGGACAUGAACUCUUCCUGGCAUCCGCCCGAGAUCACCCUGAUGAGAUCGUGCAGGAACUCCCUUCUCCAAUUGUGGAUGAUGUUGCCGGCAUGAAAAUCAGCGAGGGUCAGUCUCAGCCAAGUGACCCAGAGAAUCCAGACACAAUGAAAAUCGCCUGGCGCUACCAGAACCAACCAAGAGUUCAGACGCCAGAUCAAAGUUCAGUCAGUCAAAACUCAUGCCGUAACGUUAAAGGGGUCGACCCGACCGGCCCACUAAACGAGGAUGAGCGCCAAGCUGUCAGUCUCCGAAGGAGUCCAUUACCAGUACCCUAUCAUGCUCUCCUGAAGUCUAUCCAGACGGUCAUCCGAAAAGAAGGGUUUGACGGAUCCACACCACAGUCUAAGGUUCGGAAUGUCCUGCGGCUGGGUCUUCAUUCUCUGGGGUCAGUGCUCUGGGGGGAUGAUGUGUGCUGUAAGGAUAACCCCGCCCACUGCCACGCCCUCACCACAUUUCUCUACGCCCUCCGAGGCCUUUUACGCACUUCACUCUCAGUCGCUAUGGUGACCGUACCCUCCCACCUCAUACAGAACAGAGCCGUAAUGGGACGAAUAAUCAGACUGAGUGACACAGCCAUUGCUCUGGAAUCAUUCAGAGGCUCGGAGAAGGAGACCAACCCACUUUACAAAGACUAUCACGGUCUCCUGCAUGUUCGUCAGUUGCCGCGUCUGAACUGUUUGUCUUGUGAGGUCCCUGAUACAAAGGACUUGGCCUUCAAACUCAAGAGAAAGCAGUUCACAAUUGAGGUUCUAAUAAUUACAGAUGGAGAGCAGUAA